GUCCUAAUAGUGCCGAUUUUAUUUCUUUCUUUACCCAAGAACUUCUAAUAUCUAUUUCGUAAUGUUUUUGAUGACCAGAGGAAUACGCAAGUGAUUAUUCGCAACAAUUCCUCGUACCAACAAAGGAAGGGGAAUAUGAGGUGCGGAGUAGUGUUUUGGUGGACGGCGGGGAUAGAUUUGGAGUGUCUGCUGUGGUGUUUGAUAAACAUGAAGAAUUGAUAUGGAUGGGAAACCAAGGUGGUCAUGUUACAUCAUAUUAUGGUCCCAGUAUGCAGAAAUAUACAUCUUUUCAAAUUCACGAUUCAGAAGAAGUUAGGGACAUAGUAACAGAUGAAAUAGGUAUUUAUGCAUUGACGAAAACAACUCUCCGUCAUCAAAUACGUAGAGGAAUACCGAAACAUACGUACAGAUCAACAAAUAUGACCGAUAUGCAAUGUUUGUUACAAGUCAAUCCAACAAAACUUAUGAUGGGAGGUCAUCAAAAUAAAUUAUUGGAGUUUGAUGUAACAAAAAUGACAGAAACUGUUAUACCUAUAAAAGAAGAUGGUUGUGUAGUGAUGCGUAGUGGUGGUGCUACUCUUUUGGCGUGUGGCAGCGCAAACGGGCAAGUGUCACUUCGUGAUCUCAGGACUCCGAAUGCAGCCGAACACACUUUCAGAGCUCAUGCUAAUUCUUUGUCUGAUAUGGAUAUGCAAGGAGACCUGCUUAUAUCAUGUGGAUUCACACAAUCAGCCGGGGGUGUGGCAGUAGCUGAGCCUUACGUAGUAGUAUGGGACUUACGUUGCCUCAAGGGUACAUCUACAGUUGACCGAGCAAGGUCCAUACAUACAGCUGCUGCACCACUGUUGCUACAUUUCCUGCCUGCCUUCUCUGGCCGUGCGGUGGCACAGUCAGGGGAUGGACAUGUCGCGUUGCUGCAUGUUAAUGCCCCGCAGGAGAAGCAGUCUGUCUUCCAGCAGUUGCUUCACCGUUUCACCAAACACAACUUCGUACCGACUGUCUUCGGCGCCGACGCUUGUACACUAGAGCCAGAAGAAGAAGGCGAACAUCGACUGAAGAAGUAG